GUAUUUGGCAACUGUAGGAAGGAAGGAGGCACAAUUUGAGGCUGCUUUUUUCUUCCAUCUGACAAGUUUCCAUGUACGCAUAAAAACAUAAGAUUUCUUUUAACAUGUUUAUUUUGCUCCCAUUCCAUCUUUACUCUUACAGCAGAAUCUAUAUUUGUGGGGUUUGAAUCCAGGGCGUCCUUGUGAUUCACUUCACGGAUUGGUAUGGGGCUCUUGCUCCAGUUGACAGCAGUCAUCUUCAUCUUGGUAUCUACACACCACCCCACUGCAGGUCGUGGCCACAGUCCUCUGAUCGUCCUGGAUGAUUAUGAGGGCAACGGCAUCAGACUCAAAUGCUCUUCCGAGAGGCUCUUUUCUGAAGUUCACAUGCUGUGGACAGACAGUAAAGGGGAAAAUUUCACCGGAACGCCGCUCAACGCUGGCGCCAGCAACGCUGAUGCCAGCAGCUCCCUGCUUCUACAACCAGAAUCUGGAAAUUCGGUGUCCUGCAAAAUAAUUGAUAAAACGCUGAAAACGUCAACAGAGUCUUCAGUUGUCAUUGCAGAUGUUUUCUUUCCUGCCACCUCCCCUUGGCUGGCUGCUUUUGUGGUGAUCCUCCUCUUGAGCAUAUUGCUGGUUAUUGCUGCGACCUAUAAGCUCCGAAAGAACAAUAAGACAAUGGCUCGUGCAUUAAAUGCAAAAUCUGAACUUGAAAAAGAAAUAUCGCAGCUCAACGAGCGGAUAGUUGAGGAGCAGAUCAAAUCAGACAAGGAAAUUAAAGAAGCAGAGAAUAAAGUUGAAAAAGCCAGGAAUGAACUGGAAUUCAGGAGAGCUCGUAGCAGAGCAGUUAAUAUCACCUUGGACGAGACGUGCAAGACAGGAAACCUCGUCUUUAAGGACAAAAAUAGAGUCAAGUGCUGCAUUCAGAAGGAUGCCCACAGCAAAUUGGUCGCCGUAGCAAACGAAGGGUUCUCGAAGGAAACCCAUUACUGGGAAGUGGAAGUGGGGGACAAACCGGAGUGGGAGCUGGGAGUGCUGAGUGAGAAGGUUCGGGAUAGCCUGAAGAAGAGUAAUUCGGAUCCGUUAGGCUUCAGUCUCCGUUUUUGCCAGGGAAAAUAUAUUCUAAGCGAUGGAAAGGAUCUAGGAAUUUCAGAGCGUUGUCCUGUCGUUGGCGUUGCCCUGGAUCUGGAGGAAAAGACACUUUCGUUCUAUAAUGUUGAUGAAAAGGGUCUUCUUGGGUCUAUCCGUGAUGAUUUUUCUGGGAAGUUUUAUCCUUUCUUUAAUCCAGGCCCUGAUGACAAGUGGCUGGGGAUACGGCCUGUCACCAUUCCCGAGCCAUUGCCUAAAGCUUUCACGUGACCAAGACGAGAUUAAUAUAUUGAUAACAAUAUAUUAAUUAAUAUAUUGAUAACAUCACAGAGGACAUAGAGAGGAGAAGAAAAAAAAUGAUCUUAGCCUGCUUAAAACUGUGCCUGAGAAAGAAGUAUUUUCUCAAGGUCCUCGAAGGUCUUCAUCUCCUGCUGAGAAUUGAUUUUGUAAAAAUCCUGAUAUUUCAUAUGACGUAUUUUGCCUGGACAAAAGGAGCAUGAAUUUGUUUACAUGUAUUUUUUUUUUUUUUACAUUUAUUAUGUAUUCCCUUUGCUCAAUAAAUCCAUAGAUCUGA